AUGGCAGCGCGGAAACUCGUAGCCCUCUUCGCCGCAGUCCUGCAACUUUGCUUAUGCCAAAUCACCCCCGAAGUUUUGCCCGAGUUCUUAGCUCCUUUAGAAAAUCAUACGGUGAUUCAAGGUCGUGACGUCUUCUUUACCUGCGUCGUUAAUCAUCUGCAGUCGUACAAAGUAGCCUGGAUAAAGUCAGAUUCUCGAGCGAUUCUGGCGAUCCACACGCACAUGGUGGCGCACAAUAGCCGACUAUCCGUCACGCACAACGGGCACAACACGUGGAAACUGCACGUGUCGAAUGUCCAGAAGAACGACUCUGGUACCUACAUGUGUCAAGUCAAUACCGACCCUAUGCGCAGUCAGAUGGGAUAUAUGGAAGUAGUGAUACCGCCUGACAUAAUGGAUGACGAGUCCGCAGAUGGUAUGGUCACUCACGAAGGAGGCAAUAUAAGAUUGCGAUGCGUCGCCACCGGUUCGCCGAAGCCUAUUGUUACUUGGAAACGAGAAGAUGGUCGUAAUAUUAUCCUCAGAGAGGAUGGGCAGAAACAAUCUCUGAAAACCUUCGUCGGUGAGACGCUGGAACUGACGGGAGUGCUUCGACAAGAGAUGGGCACGUAUCUCUGCAUAGCCAGCAACAAUGUGCCACCGACGGUCAGCAAGCGUUACUCCGUCGAUGUUCACUUUUCACCUCUUAUUAAAGUGACAAAUCAAUUAGUGGCCGCGCCGAUUAAUAGCGACGUCGUGCUACAAUGUUAUGUCGAAGCGUCGCCGCAUGCUAUGAAUACUUGGUACAGAGAUGCAGGCGAGAAACUGCUGCCUAGUGACAAAUACGUAAUGACGGAGCAACCGUUGAACGAGUACUCCUGGCAAAUGAAUCUCACUGUCAAUUCCCUGGAAAAACGGGACUUUGGUGGAUACGUGUGCUCGUCCGUCAACGCGCUCGGAAAGUACGACGGCGUAGUUCGGUUACAAGAGCUGCAUCUUUCUGCGAAGACGACACCGACGACACUCAUGAAGAACACGGAUAUUAGGCAGCGCAAGAAGCCAGUACUGAAAGGUAAAAAAAAGAACAACAGCAGCGGCAGGCGAGGACAAGCGGGCGCUUUGGAGGAAGGUGAUUCCAUCAACAGCGAUGAUGAUUUCGGUACCACGCAGAUCAUGACUGGUAGCACUCAAGAGGGCCAAAGAACGGAUAGGCCCGUCGUGCCUUCCUUACCGCCACCGCCUUGGGUCACCGUAAAUGCCGCGAAUCUCAGGCAUCCCUCGGUGUCCGCGAUUUUGCUUUUGCUUCUUCUGCCGACCACCUUGUAA